CCCGGACACACUUCCGCCUGCCCCGCCCCGCCGCGCAGAGCUAGGUUUAGCGAUGAGAAGGGGCCGGGUGGGUCGUGUCAGCUUUUCAGAGCGUGCUCGCUCCGAGUCUGGACGAGAAGAUUGGUGGGAAGAACCUCGUUGUGCGGUUCUCUGCUAAGUGCCACAGCUCGUGCCUCAGUCCGCGGUGGUUUACCCUCCCGGCCGCCCCUCCUUCAUGGGCCUGUCGCGAGUUCUGCGCGACCCUAGGAACUCUGGGCUCUCGACACAACAGCGGCCACUGUCGCUCCCGGGCCGCUCCUCACUUCGCUCCACCCCUCUCAGAUCGCGGUGAAGCGAGCGGAGCCGAGGAGCCGGGCGGAGGGCAGCCGAACCGCACUGAGUCAGAGGAGUCCAGUCCAGUCGAGCAGAACCCGGUGGGCCGAGCCACACCGAAGAGCACGGAGCAGCGAUCAGGCGGCCGCCACCAUGAAGCGGGACCGGCUCGGUCGCUUCCUGUCGCCUGGGACGGCUCGGCAGCGCGGGAGUUCGGGCGGCGGCUGUGGAAGCGGUCGGACUCGGGGCCGCCCUUCUCGCACCGGCGGAGCGAGCGCGGACGGGGCGGCGGCGCAACUCAGCUGGGGCUCGACGCGCUCUUGCGCGGACACAGGCGAGGACGGUACAGACGAGGCAGGAGCAGGCCGAACUUUUGCCAUGGGGCACUGUCGCCUCUGCCACGGGAAGUUCUCCUCGCGGAGCCUCCGCAGUAUCUCCGACAGAGUGCCUGGGGAGACCUCCGAGAGACUGUCCCCAGGGGAGCGUGUCUUCAUUAGGGACUUUCAGCGUCUGCUGGGUGUUGCUGUGCACCAGGACCCGGCCCUGCCUCCGUUUGUCUGCAAGAACUGCUACACCCAAUUCUAUCAGUGCCACAGCCUCCUCAGGUCCUUCUUACAGAGAGUCAAUGUCUCCCCAGCUGGCCAGCGGAAGCCUUGUGCAAAGCUUGGUGUUCAGCCUCCCACAGUGGCCGAGGAGGGAACAUGUAUGGCUGAUCUGAUCACCUCGAGCCCUCGGUGUCUGCACAGCUUGGUGGGCUGGGUACAUGAACAUGCAGCCAACUGUGGGUCUCUGCCCAGCCUUCAGAGGACACUGUCCUCUGAGUACUGUGGCAUCAUCCAGGCUGUGUGGGGCUGCGACCGGGGCCAUGACUUCACCAUGGACACAGACUCCAGCUGCAGAGCUCUCUUUUUGGACAGUGCAUUAGCAGUGAAAUGGGCAUGGGGCAAGGAGAGAUCACCACGGCUGGCCCAGAACUCAGAGUUGAACCCCACGGGAGCUGCCUCUCAGCUCUCCCAGACCGGAGAAACCCAAGUUGGAUCUGAGACCAAGACACUACCCAGUGUGGAUGUGGCCCUGCUGCACUCACAUGGAGACUCUGUGGGACCUGGGAUAGGCCCCUAUACUCAGCCAAACUUGGCUCCCAGUGAGGCCCCAGGGCAACUGGGUGAGAAGCAGGUUCCAUCUUCAACCUCGGAUGAUCGGGUAAAAGACGAGUUCAGUGACCUUUCUGAGGGAGACUUCCUGAGUGAAGAUGAGAAUGAGAAGAAGCAAAACCCACAGUCCUCGGAUGAGUCCUUUGAGCCUUACCCAGAAAAGAAGUAAGAGUAUAGCCCUGUCUAAGCCUAUGAUGUCUAGAGUGAUGUUGUACAGGUUAGCCUGGGUGCACAUGGGAAUCUUGAGUGUUUAAAAAUGGGAUAUGGAGGCCCAUGCUGGCCUCAGUCCUUUCCUUUGGCCCCAUCUCCCAAUGCCAGUGAACAUGGCAGCUUCUUUUUUUCUUUUUAUUGCACUUAAUGUAUUUAUUCGUGUGUGUGUGUGUGUGUGUGUGUGUGUGUGUGUGUGUGUGUGUGUGUGUGUGUUGCACAUGGGGAAGUCAAAGGACCACUUCCACUGGUUCUAGGUAUCAAACUCAGGUGCCUUUCAUCUGCGGAGCCAGCUCAGUGGCUUCUAAAUGAACCAGGAGGUCUGUUUGAAAGGCCAGGUGAGCAACUGAAUAUGAUAGGAUCCCCUUGACCUUUGGCCACCCUUUUUGGUGGGUUGGGGACCUGGUCUAAAUGUGUAUCACAAGGCGGCAGGCAGCCCUGUUGGUAAGACACAGCCCCAUUGUAGGGAGUAUCUUAGUUGUUCUUUUCCAGUCCGUUCCUAGUGUCCUUAGCAUUGUCCUGGCCCUGCUCUGUUCCUUUUGAUCUAGGAUCAGGCCUCUUCUCAAGUCCAGGAACUCAGCCUUGUGACCAUUUUCAAGUCAGCCCUUGGCUCUGAUUUCUUUGUCCAUUCUUUGUUAAGCCUCUUGUGUGGCUUUCCCCUUUCUCCAAACAAACAUAGGAUUCUAACAAGGAGAGACAGAGUUUUCACUUGGGUCUCUUUCCUCUUAGCCCUGUGCCAAGAAAACCCGCAUACCCAAUAACUAGUUAGUGACUGCCUCAUUGUCACAGUGCUCUGAGGAUUUCACAGUUCAGAGUGAAAAUCCCAAGAGCAGCUCUGGGCACUACACUGUCAGCUAAGAACACCCUACAAAAAGACUGAGAAUUUCUUGGUUUCUU